CUGCUUGUUCUCAGCCGCUUUUUCAGUCUUGAAAUUCACUCAUUGAAUGAGAGAAUGUUUUGAAGUAACAUUACUUUCCAUGAUAUAAAUAUUUCAAAUGGCACAAUAAAGGAGAAAGAAACACAUACUCCUGCAUCAACUCUUCUACAAAUGCAAACCAGGAUUAACUGCACAACUCUGGUGAGGAGAGGAAAGAAUCAGAUUUCCUUGAUUUCUGUUUUUCUAAGCAAAGAGACACUUCUGUUGGUUUUGUCUGGGGCUUCCCUAAGUGAUGGUUGGUUUUAGAGUCUUUUUUUGUUCCAGUGUAGUGCCCAGGGUUACUUUGGAAGCUCAUAGAGAGCAGAAAACCCUGCAGAAGAAUUGAGGAGGUCUACAACCAUGUUUUGGGCCUUAAGAUGAAGGAAUGGUGAUGCCUGCAUAUCAGAGGAAGAGGUGGCAGGGUGCAGACCAGACUGGUGGAAGUUGUGCCUUACUGUUUGCAUCAUUGAAAAAAACCUCAUUUGCAUAAUUUGCAAAGUGGAAACAACCAGGAAAGAAGUGUGUAUAUAUCCAAGGUGCUGUUCUGUAAAACAAGAUGUCUGAUAGAAAAGGCGGUAAAACAUCAAAGGGUGUUUGGAAAGUCAUCUUUUCCCAUUUGGACCAUUGGUCAACAGGCUUUUUUUUUUUCCUCUUUACCCUUUGAGAGUUACGUGCACUCAAAGAACUCAGUGCCUGCAGGUCUCAGCUAUCUGGAAGAAGAGAUGGUGGAGCAGAAGAAAGAAUGUGUGCUGACGGCCCAAAUGAACACAGCUCCAGAUUUCUUUCUCUGGUUCUUUAUUCCCUCUUGCUGUCGUACAGAAUAUUCACCCAAACUGAAAAAUGCCAGAUAGGAUGUUUGAAUGUUCUAUAGAAUCCUUCUGAGCACUGACAGAAGAUUGGUAUUGUAGUCGUACGUUCUUUUGUGGAGCUGCUUGACAUGUACCCGUUUGGGGCUGAUGAAAGAAGAGACAGUUCCUUGCUCGCACAUUUCUGUAGCUUCAUGCCAGCAGCUUUUGUAGCCAGAACUCCAGAAUGCAGCUGUGGAACAUAAAGCCCCCUCUCUGUGAUGCAGUCUCAGUUAUUCCUGCUGGAAAUGCCACUCUGUCAUCAAUCUCUUCUUCCCUGAGAGCCAGGUGUGCUCUUACCCACCAUGAAAAAUCAGGCCUGUCUUGUAGCUGAGUCAUUUGCUGCCUUUCAUCAGGGAGGUGUUAGUUUCUAACACUGGUGACCUCAUCUCUCAGGUGCUUAGCGAUUUCAGCUGUUUCUGUGUGAUUUACCUCUCCAUCUCCAGCCUUUGUGUGUUUGAUGUUUACAACCUGAUGAUUUUCAAGAUAACAAGAUUUGUGCUCUUUUCAGCUUCAGCACUGAUAUUUUGCCUUUUUGUCUGAACUUCAGCACUAAUACUUGUCCCCUGUGACAAAGAACUUCAUCUCUUCCAUAUGUUCUUUUGGUGGUCUGGAUGUUUCUUUCCUUUGUGUUGUGUCUGUAAUAACAAUGGAGGUAACUGUGGCUAUACCUUUACAAUAAAACACAUUGGAAUUUUAAAACCCAAACCCUAAUUUCUAAGCCAUUUAACUGUGUUUAAUUGUCUUAACAAUAAUUGCUCUAUUUCAGUUGAAACUUGCAGGGUGCGCAUCCACUAAAGUGAAGCUGACAUUCUAUCAAAGUUAAGGUUGAAUUUUCAAUUAAGUUAUCUCCUUUUUGCCAGAUAUUACUAUGCAAACGUUUACUGUGAUUUCAGAAUGUGUGCAGCUUUGUCUCACCUUUUUUAAAAGAUGGGACACUGGGAAAAAUGUCUUAAUAUGCUUUUGAACAAUACACCCAUCACACUUUUGUUGUAGGAAACUUCCAUUGUGAUGGUUGGAUUCUGCUCUCCGGUGUAGUGAGUUAUUUUGCCCAGGGGGGAAACAAAAGCUGAAAUGCAAUCAUGCCAUUGCCAUUCAAAAUUAUGUCUAGUUGUAUGUAGAACAAUUGCACCGAAUGUGUUUAACUACAGAAAUACCUUCUAGUGUGAUCUCAUUCACCUAAAGCAGUAAUGCCUUGGUUUUUUUAAGGAGUUGAAUUCUCUGAGAUGAUCCUUCCUGUGUUUGCUCAUUGUGAACUGCAAUAGCCCAACCCAUUUCUUUUAGUAACUGUUCAUUCUCUAAUGCUGUGUGCUGCCUCUUGCAGUUUUCCUGUUGAUAACAUGUCCUUUUCUAGCCUAAAUCCCUACAGCUAUGAUGAGAGCUGUCUCAGCAGCAGUGAAGACCACAUCCCACUGGCUGCCUUGCCUUUGCUGGGUGUUUCAUCUCCUCAGUAUCAGGAUGCAGUUGCCAUGGUGAUUAGUAGAGCCAAUCAAGUUUACAAUGAGUUUCUCAAAUCUACUGAUGGGGCUGGUUUUAAUGGACAGGUGUGUCUUAUAGGUGACUGCAUUGGAGGAAUUUUGGGCUUUGAUGCCAUCUGCUAUAAUUCUAAUACAGCUUAUGAGAGUCGGAACAGUAGCAGGAGAGGAAGCAUCAGCAGCAUCCAGGAUAAUCCACUCUUAGCAGAGGACUCCAGUCUGGGUGACAGCAAACACCUGAGCAAAAGCAGUAGCGACAUCUCAGGAAUCACGGAGGAUGAGAAGCAAAGGCCGCCGCUGCCUCGGAAACAGAGCGACUCAUCCACUUAUGACUGUGAUACCAUAACCCAGCAUCAUGCCUUCCUCUCCAGCAUCCACUCAAGUGUGUUAAAAGACAGCACAGACCUUCCUCCUGUGGAUUCCGGCCUCUCAGAAGUAAAUCUGGGCCGAUUUGAGUUUGAGGUGUCUGAUUUCUUCCUGUUUGGAUCGCCACUUGGUUUGGUGCUGGCCAUGAGGAGCACUGUUCUACCUGGUCUGGAUGUAUGCCAGGUCCGACCAGCCUGCAGUCAAGUGUACAGCUUCUUUCACUCUGCUGACCCCUCUGCCUGCAGACUUGAACCAUUGUUGGAGAAAAGAUUCCAUCUUCUUCCUCCAUUCAGUGUCCCACGAUACCAGAGAUACCCACUAGGGGAUGGAAGAUCUCACCAGUUAGGUGAUGCUCUCCACAAUCACAGUGGUCUGUUCCUUGAGAAUAGUUCUUUGAACAUACCCUUCUCUCAGGAGAGUCCUGGAUCUCCAAAUACAUCUGAUGCACCGAAAGGGAAAACAAGAAAGUUGAGCUUGGGCAGCACAAACAGUGAAAAUUCUGGGUCAGCUGAAAGCUUGCCAUCAGCGUGCCUCACCAACAUUACUGCAAAGUGGUGGGGAACGAAACGAAUAGAUUAUGCCUUGUAUUGUCCAGAUGUGCUGACGGCCUUUCCAACAGUGGCCCUGCCACAUCUCUUUCAUGCCAGCUACUGGGAAUCAACAGACGUUGUAGCCUUCAUCUUAAGACAGGUGAUGAGGUAUGAAAAUAUAAAUUUCAAGGAAAAUGACAACCUGGAUCCAGAAACACUUAGUCCGUCCAAUCCACGAGAAAAAUGGCUCCGCAGAAGGACACAUGUCAAACUGAGGAAUGUGACUGCUAAUCACCGAGCUAAUGAUGUCAUUGCAGCAGAAGAUGGUCCUCAGGUACUAGUUGGGCGCUUUAUGUAUGGACCUCUGGACAUGGUGGCUUUAACAGGUGAAAAGGUGGAUAUCUUCAUAAUGACUGAGCCAUCUUCGGGUAGGUGGGUGUAUUUUGACACGGAGAUAUCCAACAGCAGUGGACGAAUAUCCUACAAUAUACCUGAACAGAAGAGACUGAGAGUUGGUGUGUAUCCCAUCAAAAUGGUGGUCAGGGGGGACCAGAGCAGUGCUGCAAGUUAUCUGACUGUACUGCCCCGAGGAAUGGAAUGUGUUGUGUUCAGCAUUGAUGGUUCCUUUGCAGCAAGUGUUUCAAUUAUGGGAAGUGACCCCAAAGUCCGAGCAGGGGCCGUUGAUGUUGUCAGGCAUUGGCAGGACCUGGGAUAUCUGAUUAUCUAUAUCACUGGCCGUCCAGAUAUGCAAAAACAGCGUGUGGUUUCGUGGUUGUCCCAGCACAAUUUCCCACAAGGAAUGAUCUUCUUCUCAGAUGGACUCGUUCAUGACCCCCUGCGACAAAAGACCAUUUUUCUCCGGAAUCUCAUGCAAGAGUGCCACAUCAAAAUCUGUGCCGCAUAUGGUUCCAUGAAGGAUAUUUCUGUGUACAGUGUCUUGGCUCUGUCGCCAUCCCAGAUCUACAUAGUUGGACGAUCCACAAAGAAAUACCAGGCACAGUGCCAAUUCCUCAGUGAAGGUUAUGCAGCCCACUUGGCCUCACUGGAGUUCAGUCUCCAUUCACGACCCAAAAAGAACAACUCUCGGAUGAUCUUGAGAAAAGGCAGCUUUGGCCUCCACUCGCAACCUGAGUUUUUGCGCAAGAGAAACCACCUCCGCAGGACUAUGUCUGUACAGCAACCUGACCCGCCUUCUUUGAACCCCAAGCCGGAGCGUGCUCAGAGCCAGCCUGAAUCAGACAAAGAUCAUGACAGGCAUUUGCCUUCCAUUGCUUGGGUUCGAGGUGGAGUUCACAAAUUUGAAUCUAUUCCCUAGGAGGAAUGGGAAUAUAGAUCUUGGGUGCACUCCAUUAAACUUGUAGGCAUGCCUCAAAGAUAGUAUUUGGGCAGUUCCAAACUAAGAGAAGUAGACAGGAGUUUGUAACUUGGAGUCUUCCCUGUUCUGAAAUCUGCCUUCUUACACUAAGUGGGGCACUCCCAGUCUCUUCCUCCUAUCAUGUUUAUUGGUGAAGUUUAAAACAAUCUAAAAACUAUCACAUGUUUAUCAUCAUAGCAACAGGUAUUUUUUGGAACAGAUAUAACAUGUGCAAUAAGAGGAAAAGAUGCUGAUUUUACUCAGAAGGAUUCUGGUAUCAGCUUAUUAGCUGCACCCAGAAGAGUAUAAAGAGUAGGUCCUGUAGGUUACAGAGAAGGUUAACACUUUAAACAUUAAGUAGUCAUGUCUGUUUCCACUUCACUUUUCAAUAAAAGCGAUAAAAGGAAGCGGCAGUUGGAGCUACUAUAACAGGUGGUUAGGACUUGUACAACAAGAUGCUUUCUGGGUGCCUUAAACCCAAGGUUUACUUCCAGCCUACGCUGUUGGUCAACAGACUCCAACACGGGCACUCAUGUUUGUGUGAGGUGCUGGACAAAUAAAUGAGAGAACUUCACAAGCAUAAAAACUUCAUGUUAAAAAUAAAUGUGUCUGCCACAGUUUGAACACAGUUAGUGUUGUUAUAAACAAAGUAGUGUGCAAUUGUACAAAGAUCACAUUGUUUGUGGAACUUGGUGACUGUGCAAAAAUGUGAGGACUACUCCAGAGAAGAUGGCUCUGAUGAUCUCAGUCUGAGAGUCAGAUCCUAAGAGAGCAAGUUAAAAGGAACCGUUUUACUAAGGGAUCUGCAAACUUCAGAGCAAUUACUUUUUAAAUUACUCUAACUACAAUCUUUACACUGGAGGGGGAAAAAAAGAAAUUAAGAAAAUUGAUCAAUUGUUUACAUUCUCAUGCUUCACAGCAACUGCUGUAUUAAGACAAUCUAUAGCAUUCAGAAUUACAGCAUUUGAGCUUCAAAGAGUGGACAUGUGAAAAUACAGGUGCCAAAUAGACAUUUUUCUACUGAUUUAAAUUUCUCUCUGAUCUCUCAAUGGACUUACUAGAAGUCAAAUGUGUGGUGUUUUCCCCAAGUAGUAAUAUUUCUAAAGCGUUUUAGUUACUUUAACAUAGUGGCAGUUUGCAGAUUCUUCAUGCAGAUACUUCCAUGGAAAUUCAUCAAGCAAACUUUAAUGACUGAACUGGCACAUAUUUUAAAACCUGCAAUGAAGUUACAAGUGCACAUAAAAACCCCCUUUUUUUUCUUAGAGUUAAAAACAUACUAUUGACACUGAGAAAGCUUGAAGUCAAAAGGACAUUCCUUUUUCAGGUUUGCUGUUUGUGUUUUAUUUCAGGGAAUUGGGGUGGAGACAGUCUUGUGCCUCUCCAUCCCCCUUUCAAGUUUUGCUAGACCAGAAAGAGUCUCUCACCAAGUUGGUUAAUGAUUUUGUAAGUUGACAUGUAAAACAAGAAAUGCAAUGGAAAACUGUUAAGACAGUGCAGAAGUAAAGUAAGUCUGUACUCCAUGUUAACACUGAAGUUUCAGUGGGCUUUUGGAGGGUCAUAGGGGUAUAGCUUUUGCCUUAAGAGGUGGCAAAAUAGCUUAUAAGUGGAGAUCUUUGAUUUAUAGUUUCAGACAUUACUUGGUAAGAUUGUCAGUUACCUAUUUCACACUUCCUGAAAUAUCUCUGGCACAUCAGUAGCUGUUUUUUUCUUUCCUAAUGCUUCCUUUCAGGGAAGGGGUAAUCUCUGCUGAAGAUGAAGGAAAGAUGUAAAAAAUUUGCUAGCAAACACUCUUUGGGAGCAGGUAAAUACAAGGGGCUAGGGGUUUGUGCUCUGUUGCUACAAAAGCUAAAUGAAAGAUAGUUUGCAAACUACAUUGAAAACUACAUUUACAAAUGCUUUCCCAGUAGUAUCAUAGUUCUUGUACCCAUGAAAUUGGAAGAAUUAUUCCAUGUUCUGUCUCAGCCCACUGAGUGUAUUAAUUCUAAUCACAUAGUCCAUUUCUUCUCUGCUUUGUACUAGAAAGAGGUUGCACGGGUGCACCAUCUCCUUCUAGUGAAUUUACUGUUAACAUGCUCCUGCAUUAAUUUUAAAUGGGCAUGGGAAUCCAAGGCUUGUGUGAGAGGAACUUACUAGGAAAAUUUUAAGUUUGCUGAAGGGUCUAAAAUAUUGACUGAUCAUAAAGUUCUUUUUAAGCAUUGGGUGUUGUGUAGCAUGUCUCCUGACUGUAACCGCUAUUCCUGUUCAAAGCUACUGUUGCUUUAGCCAUCUACCUCUAUCCCCCAAGAAACUUGAAAACCUAUUUUUUUUGUUUUAAAUUGCUGUAGUAGAAAGGUCUACUUCCUUUCUAAAGAGGGAUCUGUGUGUAAUUCUGUGACUGUAUUGAAGGAAGGUAGUGUCUGAGUACAAGGUUAGAAAAAUCUCCUAGGUUAUAAAGGGCUGUCUUUUACUCUUGGAGACAAUAAUGUCAUUUUACAGGGUUCCUUAUCAUGAAGACUCUGAUUUUAUGUAUUUCUAUUAAUAGCGGGGUCACCUUAAAGUAGUCACUAUGCUGGCUUCCCUUGAGAAUAUUAGGAGCUAAUAGAAGUUAAACAGGUGUGGGGGUGUGUGUGUGUGUGUUGUGUAUGUGUAUGUGUAUAUGAUUUAGUGUGGUAAAAAUUUCAGUUUCUACACAUAGGAUUAAAAUCAAGCUGAAAAUA